AUGGAGGGGGAGGAGGAGGAGGAGGAUGAGGGUGACGAAAGCACCUCAAGAGACAAGGGCUUUGCUCUCAAGUUUCAGAAGAUGAAGAAAGACCUGCCUGCCUACGUGGUGGACUUGGUGGAGACCCAGUCGGCCAAGGCAGCCCACCCACGGGAGUUCAAGUCGAAAAUCAUCAACAAGCUGUUCAAGAGAGACAAGUCAGGCAAGAUCCACUUGAACUUGCAAGAUGCUUGCUUUAAAGAGCACAAGAAGCUUUACAACGAGAAUUUCUCCAAGAGCUCCGAGAUCUCCUACCCCGAGAGCAUAUUCAAGGGUAUGUUCUAUGCCAACAACGACGACAAGUUCGAGGCCGCCCUGGCAAAGGGCGAGAUUUGCGAGGCGAAGAGCUCGGUCCCAGGAGUCAAGUUCUUUAGCUUUCAGACCUUCAAGGCAGUCCAGAAGACAGGGUGCAUGGAGGAGGAGGAGCUCUCUUCGACUGCCAAGGUGAGCAAGGAUCAGGCCAAGAUCUUGUCCGAGUGCUUUUCUCGCAUCGGCUGGAAGAUGAAGCACUCCACCGAUGAGACCAAGAAGUUCGCGAAGGGGGGCUCCGUGCCCACCAACAUCGAGGCAGUGCUUCGUACGGCCUUGGAAGCCCAGCAGAAGCUCUCCAAGGAUGCCAUGAUUAUCUUGAAGAAGUGGGGGGCGGAUGAUGAUACGACGAAGAACCUUCGCAAGUACCACAAGGGCAGCCAGGAGUUCAUCGUGAAGCUGGACCACAUCAAGCAGUUUCGCGAGCUCCCGGAUGACGAGGCCUUGACCAAGCCGAAUUUCGACAAGUUCCUCCUGAAGGUGGCCGAUCAUACGGAGCAGUUCAAUGUUCUGGUUGAGAGCAGCAAAGGGGCCUUGAAAGCCAAAAUCAAUUGA